AUGCAUACUGCUUCUACAAACAUUUGUGAAUGAAUGGGUCGCUCUCAGAAGCUCAGUGAAUUCAAGCAUGGUACCGUGAUAGGUUGCCACCUGUGCAAUAAGUCCAUCCGGGAAAUUUCCUUGCUACUAAAUAUUCCACAGUCAACUGUUAGUGGUAUUAUAACAAAGAGGAAGCAACUGAGAACAACAUCAACUCAACCACGAAGUGAGUGAGGUCAGCGCAUGCUGAAGGGCACAGUGCACAGAGGUCACCAAUUGACUGCAGAGUCAAUAGCUAAAGACCUCCAAGCUUCGUGUGGCCUUCAGAUUAGCACAACAACAGUGCGUAGAGAGCUUCAUGGAAUGGGUUUACUUGGCCAA